AUGGGUAGUGUGGUGAGUAAUUUUCUUAGUGCAUUCGUAAAGAAAACCCCGAAAAAAGUGCUUAUGCUCGGAUUGGAUAAUGCAGGAAAAACAACUAUUCUGUACUUAUUACACCUUAAAAUGGUUGAGGGGGCGGACCCAACUACUGUUCCAACUGUUGGAUUUAAUGUGGAGACAAUUAAAAUAGGAAGUGUCAACAUAACAGUAUGGGACAUAGGUGGCCAGCACAAGAUAAGAUUAUUAUGGGAGUUUUACACGGAUGGUCUAUCUGGUAUGGUUUAUGUCAUAGACAUACAAGACUCUGCGCGGUGGGAUUCUGCAGUGUCAGAGCUAGAAAGAAUGCUAUCUAAUGGAGGAAAGCCCAGUAAGUAUCCAGUCCUUGUCAUUGCAAAUAAAAUAGACAAGAUACCAGAAUCAGAAAUAGAUGAAGUAAAUAAGAACCUGUACGAUAAACUAAACCCUAAGAUACUAUUUGCAGGUAGACCAUGGAGAAUUGUUACAUGUUGUGCUCAAAUUUCACACAUAAAUACAAUUACAGAGGGAUUUAUAUGGCUGGCAGAUAAUUUGUUAGAAGGUCAGGAGACAAGCAGUAAAUAGAGGCACAUUGUGACAGGGCUG